AUGAAUUCAUUAAUUCAAACUGAUAUGAUAUCGAAUAAUCCAAUACCUUGGAGAGCUGCUAUCGAGCGGUUGAAAUUUCAAAAGCGAUCUUGUACAACAUUCAUUCCAAAAGAAACAGAUAAAGAAUGUUGCGUUUGCAAUUAUAUUCAUCCGAAAAGUGACGUCCCACAUGCAAAUAAAGUAUGGAAUUGUAAAAUGCACACAAAACAAGAAGUUACUAAUUGUUAUGGAAUAUUACCUCAAUCAACUAGUCCUUAUUUACGAUGUGAUGUUGAAACAGACCUUGAACAACUUUAUUUCGUAUUGUUGGGUGUAUGGCAUAUGGCUAAUCCUGGUCUUAUUAUGCGAAUGAUAGGUGAUAUAGAUACAACGCCAAAUAUCAAAAUAGAGAAAGAACUUUUACAAAGUAUUUCUGAUGCUGCUGUUGCAUCUGAUGCAUGGAUUAUUACAAAUGGGUACAAAGAAGAGAGUAUUUCAGAAUUAGUUGGUGAAGUACUGUACAACUGUCAAAUGAAUAAUUCUCACAUAAACUUCAGCGCAAUUGCUGUUGGUAAAUGGGGCAAUAUUCAUAAUUGUCACAAACUUGAGGAGAGAAAUCAUAACACACCGUUAACAAUACAGAGAGGUCAUGGACGAUACAAGCUAGAAUUAAAUCAUACACAAUACAUAUUUUUCGAUGAUGGUACAUGUGAUUCAUUAGAUACAGGAGAAUUCGCCUCAAAUUUCGCUCGGCAAAUAUCACGUGGAGCAAGACGAAGAAUACCGCUGAUUACUGUUCUCAUCGGCGGUACUCCUCAUUCACUUUCGUCGAUAUACACUGAUUUGAAGAGAUUAGUUCCAGUCGUAAUUGUUAAAGGAUGUGGACCAUUGGCUGAUACAUUAUAUAAAUACUUGAAGUUAACCGAAGGUUCAUAUAAAUCAUCAAAAAGUGAUGAUCAAGAUGAAACAUUUAAUGAUUCUGAAGGUGAUUUGGGUAUAGCAACAAUUAAUGAAACAUUUUCAGAAGGUGAUGAUGAAACUGACGUUGCAUCGACUAAGAAAACAUUAAAAGAAAUGUUGCGUUCACUUGGUAAAUUUCGUCUCGAUUUUGUUAAUGAUGUACGAAAACUUUAUCAUAUUGUGCGACAACAAAAUUAUGAAACUCAAGAUUGCGAAAUUGAGACGCAACAGCAAUAUCCAAGUAUUACACGAAAAGACAUGAAUAUCGAUCUUUGGGUCAAUAUGGAUGUGUCUCCGCCUGAUCAGGACGUUCAUAUAAUUCCAAUGGAUACUCUUUUGCAACGUUUUCAUACAAAUCAACGUACUGGCUUAUCCAAUGCGUUUGUGCUUGAUGCUAGAACACACUAUGGCAGCAAUAGAAUCACACCACCUCAGCCACUAAGUUAUUUUUGGCUACUAUUCAGGCAAUUAUUUAUGGGUUUUAAUUCAAUUCUUUGGCUUGCCGGUGUUCUUGCUAUUAUUGCUUACGAGCCACUUGGUGAACCAAAUCCAUUGAUUACGAAUUUAGGUCUUGGUGUUGUACUGCUUUUGGUUAUUAUUUGCAAUGCCGUUCUUAAUGUUUAUCAAAAAAUGAAAUCGAUUAAGAUUGUAGCAUCUUUUUCAAAAUUAUUGCCAACAGUUGCUGCUGUUCGACGUAAUGGUAUAGAACAGCAGAUUGCUAUUGAUGAAAUUGUUCCAGGUGAUAUUAUUUUAAUACGGAUGGGUGAUAAAUUACCGGCUGAUUGUCGAUUUUUAACUUGUGAUGAACUUAAAAUUAAUGUAUCGGAAUUGACCGGAGAAUCGAAACUUAUUGCCAAUGCAGUUCAAUGUACUAAUCAAAAUUUCAUGGAAUCAACCAACAUCGGAUUUUAUUCUUCAUUAGUCGAACAAGGUACAGGUGAAGCAGUGGUGAUUGCUACUGGCGACAAUACCGUUUUGGGUAAAAUGUCACGAAUGACACAAAGUAAUUCCAACGAUGAAAUCACUGGUCUCCAUCGUGAAGUUAAUCGUUUUGUUUUGUUCGUUGUUUCGUCUGCUAUCAUUUGUAUUAUCAUUUUAUGGAUCACUUGGGCAGUAUGGCUCAGAUAUAGUCAUCCGACUUUUGUUACUUUCAAUGAUAAUAUUCUAAAUUCUAUUGGUAUGAUUGUUGGUUUCUUACCUCUGGGUUUACCAUCGGCUGUAACUCUUGCACUAACAAUAGUCGCAAAGAAAUUAUAUCAACAACGUGUAUUGGGGAAAAGUUUACAAAUUGUCGAGAAAUUCAAUUCUGUCUCAGUAAUUGCGACUGAUAAAACUGGUACAUUGACUGAGAAUAAAAUGCAAGUAAUAAAUAUUCUUUGGGAUACAGAUGGUGAGUAUAAAAUAAUCGAAAAUGAAGAAAAAGUGACAACCCUACAAACAAUUCAUCAUCUAUCCGUCGACGCUCUUAAUAUUACUCAUCGUGCAAAGACAAGAGUAGCUCCAGUCGUAGAAAAAUCAUUUAACAAUUCUGAUAACAAGUUGAAUCAAGCAAAUAAAGUAAAAAUUGAAGUAUUUCAUGAUUUACUUCUGGGUGCUGCAUUGUGUAAUGAUGCAGAAAAAUAUCUUGUGCAAGAUGAUCAAGUUACAUCAAAUAUGAAUUCAGAAUUACGUCUUGUUGGUGAUGCCGUCGAUAUAGCUCUCUACAAUCUUUGUGUCUAUCAAUUUCAUAUGGAAAUUAAUGAAAUACGUUGUUUAAAUUCACGUUUAAAAAUAUUACCUUUCAAUUCAUCGAAUAAAGUUAUGAUUUCAGCUAAUCGUCUUGAAUCAUAUGAUCCAUCUACAAUUUUAAUUACAAUGAAAGGUGCACCCGAAAUUGUCCUUCAACGUUGUUCAUCAUAUAAGACUAAUGCAGGUCAAAUUUUGCCAUUAACAAUUGAAAUUAAAGAGAAAAUUUUCAAUCGAUUAGAAAUGUUAGGUAGAAAUGGUUAUCGUAUUAUUGCCAUGUGUCAACAAAAGUUGACACAGAUACAGUAUGAUGAAAGACUUCAAUACUAUGAAGCAAAACAACGUUUCAGAACUAACAAAGAUGAAGAUCUGAAUGGUUUUCCAACAACUAAUUAUUGUUUUAUUGGUCUUUUCUCAUUAUUUGAUCCACCUCGAGUUGAUGUAGCUGAUUCUAUACUUAAAAUUCGUCGAGCACAUAUUCGUUUGGCUAUGAUUACUGGUGAUCAUCCUACUACGGCAAAAGCUAUUGCUAAACAAGUAAAUAUUUUCUCAUCAGAAAUUUCAAAAAGAAAUGGUAUCGAUACAUUUAAAAUUGAAACAAAUGAAAGAGAUAAAUCAAUUUUUCGAUUAUAUCGUGAUGAAACACUAUUACAAGAACAUACAACCAGUACAGUAACACCAUUUAGUCCUGGAAGUAAAACGACUAGUGCAAUGGUAAAGCAAAUUAGUCAAAAUGAUUUUGUGAAGGAACCACCAUGGUAUAAACAAUGUUAUUCGUCAUGUAAAAAUCAAUUUAGUGAAUCAAAAUCGAUUUUUGACGAAGAAACAGAAAAAGAAAAGGUUCCCUAUGCAAUUGUAGUUACUGGAUCUCAAAUUGAUUUUAUGGAUGAUUUUAUGUGGAAUUGGGUAUUAUCUCAUCAAGAAUUAAUUUUUGCUCGAACAUCACCCGAACAAAAAUUACGUAUUAUAAUGGAAUUUCAACGACGUGGAGAAAUAGUAGCAGUUAUUGGUGAUGGAACUAAUGAUGCUCCAUCAUUGAAAUGUGCUGAUGUUGGUAUUGCCAUGCAAUCUGGCGCAAAUGUAUCAAAAGAAGCUUGUGAUAUGAUUCUACUUGAUAAUAAAUUUUCGUCGAUUAUUCCAGCCAUUGAAAUAGGUCUUCUGUUAAGUGAUAAUUUAAAAAAAGUUAUUAUCUAUUUAUUACCUGGAGGUUCUUGGACACAAAUUUGGCCAGUCAUAUUUAAUAUCUGGCUUGGCAUACCAUUACCUCUUUCAGCAUUUUUAGCUAUAGUUUUCUGUAUGCUAAAUGAUAUAUUUAUCUCACUUGCUAUGGUAGCAGAAAAAGCUGAAACUGACAUUAUGUCUCGACCACCAUCGAUUCGGAAAAAUAAUCAUUUAGUUGAUUUAAAAUUACUUGUUCAUGCUUAUCUAUUUGUGGGUAAUAUUGAAUGUUUUACUGCAUUUUUUUGUUAUUGUUACUAUUGGAUUGAUAUGGGCGUACCAUUCUAUUCAUUUAUGUUUACUUAUGAAAAUUUUGGUAUCAAUCCAUCUAUUGCGUAUAGUUCGAAUGAAUUGAAAAAAAUGAUUAAUGUAUCACAAUCGGUUUAUUAUUCUUCAAUGUGUGUAUUUCAAAUUUUUAAUUUCUUUGCUACACGAACACGAUAUGCAUCAAUUUUUCAACACAAUCCUAUUUGGGGUAAAAGUCGAAAUUUGUAUGGUCUGGGUGCCAUUGUUAUUUCCGUAAGUAUUCAAUUGAUUCUUACACAAGUUACUUGGAUCAAUCAAAUCUUCGAUACAAAUCCUGUACCUGUGAAAUAUAUAAUGCCAGCACUUGGAUUCGGCAUAUUUUGGUUACUUAUUGAUGAACUUCGAAAACUAUACAUUCGUACAUUUCCUCGUAGCAUUGCUGCAAAAAUUGCAUGGUAG